CACACCAUCCAUAUGCUGUUCACAGAAACAAGCGUCUCGCUCCCACUCAGAGUCCAGUGAACGCCUGAGAACGAGCGCCGCUUUGCCUGGGUUCAUUCUCUCAUUCUCAGCCUUCCAGAUACUAGAGAGCUUUCAUCAAGAUAAGUGAGCUUCUGGAACAUCCGUCUAAUGAAGAACCAAUAGGAGCACAGCAAAUGCUGGAUGAUUAAUUGAGCGCCAUCAUGAUCGCCACAGGGGGUCUGCUGCGGAUAUCUGCCAGGAGACAGGACUCCCUCCGCGCAAAGAACCGAGCCGAAAACAAGCGCAAGAAGAAAGAGAAGAAAAAGAGGAAGAACGAAGUGGUCGUGGUGAAAGGAAAGCUAAAGUUGUGCUCCGUAUCUGGACUGGUCGCUGCCAUUGGGAUCCUGGUGCUUCUGGUUGGAGUGGCCAUGGCUGUGUUGGGCUACUGGCCCAAAGAGAGUCCGCUUUAUCCAGGACUGAUGAACACACAGAGGACUUACGACAGCCGAGAAUUAGUCAAUGUGACCGGCAGACCGCCUUGGGAUCUCCUAGAUAAAGACUUCAGGAGCUAUAAUGGCUCCAAUGGGCCUAAACUGGGAGCAUUCGCUGCAUUUAUCAACAGAUACUUAUAUUCGGACAAGCUGAAAGUGUUCGGACCUUUAAUCAUGGGCAUCGGGAUCUUCCUAUUCAUUUGUGGCAAUGCAGUACUUCACGAAAACAGAGACAAAAAGACAAAAAUCAUUAACCUCAGAGACAUCUACUCAACGGUGAUUGACAUUCAUAGCCUGCGGAGCAAGGAGUCGGCACCGCUCAACGGUUUCGUGAACUACUGCCAAUCGAAAGACACCAAAUCGUACGGUUCCCCUCAUAAGGGCUCCUGGCCGUCUCCAGGCUCUGAGCGACACGACGCAGGUAGCUUGAUCCCAUCCCGACGACCGUCUACCACCAUCCCACGAGUCUCGUCUUUGGAAAGACAGAGCUUUACGGACACCGUCUACAGCAUCUAUCGAGACCAGAACCGAAUUGACAAAGAAUGGGAAACCAGGAGCAUCGUGUCCACUUCGGUCAACGCUUUCACCCUUCCAAUGAUGAAGCUCAACCACCGAGGAGCUUCGGAGAGAAGGGGUUCGGAUAAAACCGGAGAGGUCAAACGAGAGGUCCUGGAUGCCGAAGCCAUUUGCAGACGUUUGGAGAAUCUGGUAGCGUCCAGGACCAUCACGAAGGCCAAAGUGGAGCCUCAUCCCAAGCUUGCGCCAGAUUCGGUGGAGGUUUACAGGAGCAGUGGGAGUUUGCAAGGAGCUCCUCGUGUCUCUCUGCAGGGUUCCCGGGUUCAGCUGCUGCCGUCUGGUUCUCCGAGUCGCAAGGCCACCGGAUCUCACCUGUCCUUGAGCGCUUUGUCUGACUACUCCAGGUCUGUCGAUACGGAUAUCUGUCCAACCACCCCUACUUUGGUGCGAUCGAGACGUCUCAGCUGUCCUCGGCUGGAAGGCCUCGGCAGCGGAGGCUACACCAAACUUGAAGGCCUUAGCGGUGAAUCCUUUGAGUCCACAGACAAUGCCACGUUCAGUCGAGAGAGCUCUGUUGAGGUUUUGGAAAAGGACCGGGAGCUUCAUGAUGAGACACAUCGGCAGGCGUGUACCACAGUCAGACAGUAUUCAAAGAAACAAAAACUCAUAAUGGUUUCCCAGUCGGAUACCACUUUAGAAGAUGUGGAAAUGGACAGUGUUGAAGUUUAAUUCGCUGAUAGUCUGUUAUGAAACUAAGAAUGACAUGCACUGAAAGCAAUCGAGACGUUGACUGAAGCAUCGUCAGUGUGUUAGAUCCAAAGCUUCUCAGUCUUAAUACUGUUUCCUCAAGGAAUCACAAGCAAAAACCCGAUGGGAAGCAAGAGACUUUCAGCAUGAUAGCACAGCUAUGCUCCACUAGAUUAAAAAACUUCCAGUAGUAGAUUAUUUGUGGCUGUUUUCGUUUAUCGGUGAAGUCUGGCUGUCUGAGCCGCAUGUUUUAUACUGUCAUCUACUUGCACUUUUUUUAACCACUAAAUUAUCAAUUAUUUUUAGAAAUUGACUUGAUAGCAAUAUCUCAUUUGAAAUGUUCCCUGCUUGUGUGGGAAAUGUUUAUGUUUGCAUUUUGCCUCAGAGAUGUUAACUUACACUUGUAUG